AUGGUUCAGAUACCCAUGCUGAACGACAAGGAUGAAGACCAACAGCUGAUCAAGGGGACCAAGGAUUGGGAAGAGUUGCUGGUUCGGCUCAAACAAGUACUGGAUGCCCUGCGAGCUGCUGGUCUAACCCUGAAAAUAUCCAAGUGUGUGUUUGGAAGUGAGGAAAUCGACUACUUAGGCUUCAAGAUUGCGAAAGGCUACCUGCAGCCAGGUGAAGUGAAACAACAAGCCAUACUGGACGCCAGCACGCCAACUGAUGUUCACAGUGCAGAACCGCUCACUUCUCUGACCAAGAAAGACACGAAGUUCACGUGGGGAGUGGAGCAGCAGGAAGCUUUCGACCAGCUCCGAAAGGAACUGACAGCACCACCCGUUCUGAAGUUGUACAACCCUUUGGCUCCGACAGAGCUCCACACGGACGCAAGCAGACAUGGACUUGCGGGGAUGAUCCUUCAACAAGAUGAGUCGGGACGCUGGCACUUGGUGUUUUGUGUACCAGGAGGAAAGAAGCCUGGGCUUCUGCACUCGAUACCACCUGGGAAGAGACCAUUUCAAGUUUUUCAUGUGGACCACGUUGGUCCGUUUGUGAGAAGUUCCAAGAAGAACCAGUGGAUAUUGGUGCUGGUGGACAAUCUGACCAAGUUUGUGCGCCUCUACCCUGUGCGCGACACCUCGGCGAGAAAUGUACUGCGGUGUAUGCAGAACUUCAUAACAGAGUUUGGACUACCGGAGCGCAUCAUCUCGGACCGUGGUUCCUGUUUCACGUCCCACGGCUUUGAAGCCUUCUGUCAGGAAAAUGGCGUGGCUCACACACUGAACUCGGCACACCAUCCAAGGGCUAAUGGCCAGGUGGAGCGUGUGAACCGACCUCUGGUACCGUGUAUUAUGGCUACAAUCAAGGACCCAGCUCACAAAGAUUGGGAUCAGAAGAUCAAGGAGCAGCAGCAGCAGCAGCAGCAGCAGCAGCAGCAGCAGCAGCAGCAGCAGCAGCAGCAGCAGCAGCAGCAGCAGCAGCAGCAGCAGCAGCAGCAGCAGCAGCAGCAGCAGCAGCAGCAGCAGCAGCAGCAGCAGCAGCAGCAGCAGCAGCAGCAGCAGCAGCAGCAGCAGCCACAGCAGCAGCAGCAGCAGCAGCAGCAGCAGCAGCAGCAGCAGCAGCAGCAGCAGCAGCAGCAGCAGCAGCAGCAGCACAGCAGCAGCAGCAGCAGAGCACAGCAGCAGCAGCAGCAGCAGCAGCAGCAGCAGCAGCAGCAGCAGCAGCAGCAGCAGCAGCAGCAGCCAGCACAGCAGCAGCAGCAGCAGCAGCAGCAGCAGCAGCAGCGCAGCAGCCAGCAGCAGCAGCAGCAGCAGCAGCAGCAGCAGCAGCAGCAGCAGCAGCAGCAGCAGCAGCAGCAGCAGCAGCAGCAGCAGCAGCAGCAGCAGCAGCAGCAGCAGCAGCCGCAGCAGCAGCAGCGGCAGCAGCAGCAGCAGCAGCAGCAGCAGCAGCAGCAGCAGCAGCAGCAGCAGCAGAAGCAGCCGCAGCAGCAGCAGCAGCAGCAGCAGCAGCAGCAGCAGCAGCAGCAGCAGCAGCAGCAGCACAGCAGCGCAGCAGCAGCAGCAGCAGCGCAGCAGCAGCAAGCGAAGCAGCAGCAGCGCAGCAGCAAGCAGCAGCAGCAGCAGCAGCAGCAGCAGCAGCAGCAGCAGCAGCAGCAGCAGCAGCAGCAGCAGCAGCAGCAGCCGCAGCAGCAGCAGCAGCAGCAGCAGCAGCAGCAGCAGCCUAAGCAGCAGCAGCAGCAGCAGCAGCAGCAGCAGCAGCAGCAGCAGCAGCAGCAGCAGCAGCAGCAGCAGCAGCAGCAGCAGCAGCAGCAGCAGCAGCAGCAGCAGCAGCAGCAGCAGCAGCAGCAGCAGCAGCAUAGCAGCCGCAGCAGCAAGCAGCAGCAGAAGCAGCAGCAGCAGCAGCAGCAGCAGCAGCAGCAGCAGCAGCAGCAGCAGCAGCAGCAGCAGCAGCAGCAGCAGCAGCAGCAGCAGCAGCAGCAGCAGCAGCAGCAGCAGCAGCAGCAGCAGCAGCAGCAGCAGCAGCAGCAGCAGCAGCAGCAGCAGCAGCAGCAGCAGCAGCAGCAGCAGCAGCAGCAGCAGCAGCAGCAGCAGCAGCAGCAGCAGCAGCAGCAGCAGCAGCAGCAGCAGCAGCAGCAGCAGCAGCAGCAGCAGCAGCAGCAGCAGCAGCAGCAGCAGCAGCAGCAGCAGCAGCAGCAGCAGCAGCAGCAGCAGCAGCAGCAGCAGCAGCAGCAGCAGCAGCAGCAGCAGCAGCAGCAGCAGCAGCAGCAGCAGCGCAGCAGCAGCAGCAGCAGCAGCAGCAGCAGCAGCAGCAGCAGCAGCAGCAGCAGCAAGCAGCAGCAGCAGCAGCAGCAGCAGCAGCAGCAGCAGCAGCAGCAGCAGCAGCAGCAGCAGCAGCAGCAGCAGCAGCAGCAGCAGCAGCAGCAGCAGCAGCAGCAGCAGCAGCCAAUCCUUAAACAUUUUGACCCAAUAGUCACCGGCAUGUCCCACCACUGUGAGCAGGUGGCAGACAAUUUCCAAAUGGUCUGGGUCUGCCAAAAUAAUCUAGCCUUUACCCCCAACCCCAACCUUCCCGAGAUGACUGGGAGGUAG